AUGUCAGAUAAGGACUAUUUCAGCUUCAAACAGGGAUACACGCUAGAGGAUAAAAACUUGUCUUCGCGCAGGUCGAAAACCCGGUCGAAAUUGAAGCAGUCUCUGUCUGCUAAUGGCAACUCGCGUUCCUUUUCUCCAUCGCGACAACUAGGCACCAUGCAGGGCCAGCAGCCUAGAAGCCCUGGUUACAAUACGGCGACAUCACUCAGAAGUCCCUCAGGAACGCAGAGUCACUCGCCAAUGAACACUUUAAAGCUCAACACAAGCGGGUUGAAGCACGCCAUGAGCAUGGUCUCACCUCCAUCGGGGCUACCGUCUGCACGUUCCAGUAGACAUCCUUCGGUCUCUGGUGCGUCUGGUGGACGUACAAAUGCAGCGGGAGCACAGGGAACUACGGGCGUGUCUGCAACGUCUCCGGGGCGCCAAAAAGCGCGUUCCAGCUCCGUCAGCACCGGCAGUGGUAACUACAACAGGGUACCAUCAGCGCUGAGCUUGGACUUCAAUUUCACUCCCACGCUUGUGCUGCCGCCAAAUCUCGCGUCUCUGAGCUCUCAUAGUGCGUCGACCGUGAGCUCCCCACAAAGCCAACUAAAUGGCAAUGAUGCUGCUAACUCGCAUGCGAGCAGCACUUCUUCGCUGAAUCAAGAACUGAACUCCUCAAAGUCUAAUUUGCGCUCAUCGCAAGCUACUAGCACGGCAUCCUCACACCGCUCUUUCAAACCUUUGCAAAAACAGUACGUGCUGAAUGAAGAGCUGUAUUUAAACCGUAUGAAAAACAGCAACUUGGACGACUACUACACCCGUGGAAUCGCUGCAUCCUCUAAUGACGAUGACGAUGAAACAGAUACCGAGGUAGAAGCGGACGAUACUGACGCUGACGAGUCGACUUUCGGAACAAACUUCAACACAACAACCCAAAAGGGAAGCACAUUGGCGUUUGACGACCAACUUUUUACUAUGAGCUCCAAGUUUCUACUUGCUCGCAUGGAGUGGCUGAGACAGGUGGAUUUGGAGAAUCCCGAGGUAAAGGGCCUACUAGGCUCACAGCAGCGGAUGCCCGCGGGUACCAGUAGUGGUAGAACGUCAAUACCAACCGCAGUAGGCAAUAUUGGAGGCAAUAGCUAUGCAUACAUGAACAAGUUGUUGCAAAACUCGCACGUUCUAGAGAGGCUGGAAUGGCAAGCCAUUCUUGCUAACGUCCUAAAAGGUGAUAUUGUCAAAAGUGAAAAAAGUAAGAUUCCUUUUCAUGGCCAUCGUGUGAACACGGGUGUUCAAUAUGCAGAUGAGCUUUGGCUUGAGUUAAAAGCUUGGAUGAAUUGCAGGUCAAUUGAGGAAGAGCGGAGGACUCUGGAGUUUCUCAGAAACUCAACGGACUCACUCUUCGAGGAGAUCAUGAGCUUGAAGUUUGAAGAUAAUGUUGAUGUCGAUUAUGCGGCAAAAAAGGUAAAGCCAAUAUUGGACAGCUACCACCAGGUCACCUCGUACUGGAAAAACUCUCAGCACAUGAAUUACGAGAAACCUUUGACAGGACGCGAAGAAUUCCAACAUCGAAUUGCCGCUAUGAACGCCUUUCUGACUUUGAAAGAGGCCUUUGAAUGUGAAAUCGAAGCUUUAAAAAGGUGGACUGGUAAUGAUUCGUUAGAUGUCAAGUUCACGCCUUCUUUUCUCGAUGUGGAUGGUGUUUACAAAAGUGACAGGCCUUUCGCGGAACAAAUUCUGAAGGAGCGCGAUAUCGAAAGCAUUUUUCAGAAGAAACUAUUCUAUCGACACGCUCCCUGGAUUUUGAAGGCCAAGGUAAGUAUCUUCACGCUAUCAGACACCGUGAAAGAAAUGAAUCUGCCACUGCUGCACAAAAGGUUAGAGAUACUAUUGAUGUUCCCUUUCAAAUUAGUCAAAGAAAUCAUUCUAAUUCGACUUGAUUAUGCCAAGAAACUGAAUAACCCCACAAUGAUGAUGAUCGACCAAAUGAUAGACGAUUUCUGCUCUUACAUCCGACUUUCAGUGCAGAUCAAACACACGGUUGUGGUAUACUGCUCGGGCUGGGAGUUUUCUACACAAAUUGAUGCCGAUUUUGAUUAUGCCGUCAAUGAAGCCAUCGUGUAUUUGUUCAAACUAUUGCAUUUGAAGCUAAUAGAUAGCGCCAAAAAAUCUUUCAAAACAUUCAGAGAACCUGAUGAGCUUUUGAAAUAUUGGGAUCAGCUAAAAAACGUCGGCUGCUACAUUUCGGGAGCAGGUAAUGUUGUGGCAGAAGGGUUUGCCAAUUUAACGCUGCGGCUGCUCAACCGUUUGCAUUCUUAUAUUCUUCGAGAACAAAACCACCCGCCUCGCUUCGACAAGGCGGCCGAUGCCGAAAAAUGGAUACUUCAAGUAAUCGAAAACAUUGGUUCGGUGAAACGAAAAAUGAACCGUUUUUCAAAUGUGCUCACUAAGGCCUUUCAAAACUCAGUUCACUACAAAGUAAACGAUAAUCAGCUCUUGUUGAGAAACUUGAAGGAAAGUGGUCACUUUUUGCUCUACACAGGAGGGGAGCUCGAAAAAAAUGGGGUUUACCUCUUUUGCAGUAGAGAAUUGCUUGGAUCAUCCGAUGAGGAAAUUCUCAAGAUUCUCCACAACUCGGUUAUUGGAUCCGAUCUUCUUCCCAACGUCGAGAUCAACAAUAGUUUAAGCGUCUACAACGCAAUCGAGAGCGGUUGGGAUCAAAAUGCAGUUCUUUUUCAGGAGUAUGGAGCCAAUGGUGUUAUUUAUUACCAUGUGCAGUCGGAGCGUAACGGAAAAAGUUCUCUUGUGAGGGGCCGUUUGCCAGGAAAUCAAAACAACACUAACCCUGCUGAGGACAGCAAGCUUGAAGAACAAGAAAUUUUUGAACUUGAAAUGAAGCUGAAAACUCUGGGUUACAUCGUUGCAUAUUGCCCUCGAGAGCCGAUACUGUGGGAGGGUGAAAUGCUGAAUUUGUCAGAUGGUGUUGUGCUUACCGGUAACGACAUGAAUGUUAAACUACCAACUGAAACAUUGGUUCUUAUGAAUCAAGGUUCAACCUACGCGAUGGAGUAUCAAUCGGAUAAAUUUGAACAUUUCGUUGCAGACGGCGUUUCUUUUAGCGAGAGAAGAUGUUCAAUUAACAAUCUAGAGUACACUCUCCAAAAAAUCAACAGAGCCUACUUUCGGAUUACUUACACGGUAUUGGCAAAUAUGAACAAAGUGACCGAUUAUGUCCAGAUUCAGUAUCGGGGCAAUGAGACGCUGAACAACGCUUUUAUUUUUUGCAGAGAUUUCGCUAGGAACUUUCUCAGAGUGAAUGUUGCAACUUAUGAAAAAAAGUCGAUGAUAAUAUUGAUGCUAGUGAAGAUCAGCAUCGCAUGGAUCACAUUUUUGGUCGAUGACUGUGAUCCAGAAGAUCUGCGCACGUUCAGAUGGUGUGUACCCGCUAUGGAGUUUGCUAUGCAAAUGACAACGGGAUGGAAUAUUUUGAGUCUGGAUCAGAGCCAGUUCGGUAUACUGCAAGAAAAAAUCUCUGGAUGCAUGACAUUGUUAAUCUCACAUUUUGACAUUAUGGGAACCAGAACGUCAGAGGCGGAAAGUCUCUUGAGUCACGUUCAGAUAAGAUCUAACAUUGGAGGCUGCGACAACGACAAUGACUCGAUUUUGGCUGUGAAUUCUAAAGUCCGAGUGGAAGCUAUAGACGAAAUGGAAAGGCAAGUAAAAGCCAAUCCACGCCACAUCGGUAAAGUGUUGGAUGAAUCUGAUCGAGAUAAUCAAUAUUUGCAAUCUCUUGCUUCUUCACUGUCAAACGUAUCUAUCAGAUGGCAGAAGCGGCAUUUCAUCGGAGGCGGAGCAUUUGGUACAGUGUUCUCAGCUGUGAAUUUAGAUACUGGACAAAUCCUUGCGGUCAAAGAAAUUAAAAUACAGGAUCGCAAUUCUAUGGAGCAAGUGUUCCCAGCCAUAAAAGAGGAAAUGAGUGUAUUAGAGAUGCUGAAUCACCCUAAUGUUGUUCAAUAUUACGGUGUCGAAGUGCAUAGGGACAAAGUCAACUUAUUCAUGGAGUACUGUGAGGGCGGCUCUUUGGCCCAGCUUCUAGAGCAUGGUCGAAUCGAGGACGAAAUGGUUACUCAAGUGUACACCUUGCAAAUGCUAGAAGGUCUGGCAUAUUUGCAUCAAUCUGGCGUGGUCCAUCGGGACAUUAAGCCAGAAAAUAUCCUCUUGGAUUUCAACGGUGUGAUUAAAUUCGUUGAUUUUGGAGCUGCUAGGUCGCUUGCUGCUAAUGGAACCAAAGUUGGCGUCCCAGUUGCUGAAAACAAAGAGGCUAAUAAUAGCAUGAUGGGUACCCCAAUGUACAUGUCCCCGGAAUCGGUUACAGGAUCUGAGAAGGAAAACUUUGGCUCAGGUGAUAUUUGGUCGUUGGGUUGUGUCGUCUUGGAAAUGGCAACGGGACGGAGACCUUGGUUCAAUUUAGACAAUGAAUGGGCUAUCAUGUACCAUGUAGCCGCGGGACACGUCCCUCAGAUGCCCUCAAAAGAUGAAGUUACCGAACUCGGUCGGAACUUUGUGGUAAGCUGUCUGGAUCAAGACCCCAACAAGCGACCAACGGCUAUGCAUCUUUUGCGAGACCCCUGGAUACUUGAGAUCCGCAAGCUAGCAUUUGAAAAUGACGAGUCCGAAGCUAUUUAG